AUGUACAUGCCCAAUCUUCGCACUUUCCGUGUCGCGGCGGGUUCGGCCGCCGGGGACUCUGGUAAGAUCGACUCCUCGGCCAUAAAGAGCGGCGAGAUGUUCGCCUCCUCGAGCAUCGACCCUGACGCCACCGCCUCCGUAAAGGUCGAGGGCGCGGAGGGACAAACUCCCAUGGAAUGGACCGCCAGUGCCGGCGACGCCUCGGCCAUGUCGGGAAAGCUCCCCAUCGCAGGGGGCUCAGUGAACACCCCUCCUAUGAGCGGAGGAGUCGAGACACCCUCCAUGAGCGGGGAUGCGCCCUCCAUGAGCGGGGGUGUCGAUGCGCCCUCCAUGAGCGGGGGCAGCGUAGACGCGCCCUCUGGGGGCGUGGACGAGCCCUCCAUAAGCGGGGGCGGCGUGGAUGCACCCUCCAUGAGCGGGGGCGCCACCGGCUUACCAUCUACUAGUGCCUCGGUAAGCGCCGACAAGCCAGGGUCCGGCAGCUCCUCUUCCGCGGCUAUCGCCGCCCCAAAUGCUUCCGUCUCUGCGCAAGACGGAACCCCGAUUAUGACGUUGCCGCAGUCGAAGCAAGCGGUUGACGCGACGGGUGCGGGCGCAGUAGCUGCGGCGCCCGCCCCUCCUAGCACCGGCGGCGCUUACUACACCUUAGCCGCGCGAUCGCCCGCCGCGAGUGCGUACGUAACGAGCAUUUCGACCCCAAAAGCAGACGCGCGCACGACGCCCGAGCCUCGUAUGAAACGCUUCUCUAGCGGCGGGGUCGUCAGCCGACUCGCGGCGGCAAUAGAGCACAAGGGUCCGAGCCCGGUUGUAGGGCGGGAAGGAGCCGGAGGUUUCGGCCGCGGCUCGAGUUUUGCCCUUGAAAAGGAAAUCGGUGGGGCUCCUAACGUGGAGGGAAGUGUCGACGUCCCGGGUGCGGACGCGAACGUUCCGGAAAUGAGAGAUCCCAAGGCACCGAAUGCCGAGGUGACCGGAGUAGGUGGCGACGUCAGCGUUGGGGGCUUGAUGCCCUCGGUAGAAGGCGGUGCAGCAUUGCCGACGGCGAAAGCCGAGGGGGAGAAGGGACCCCAAGUUCCCGGGUCCGGCUUCCUGCACAGCAUCGCGGACAGCAUGCGCGAGUCGGCGGGCGUCCAGCGCCACGACACUCCCUCGGCGGACCUCGCGGAGGAGGAGGCGCCCGCGCCCGCGCCGGGGAAGUUCGGGAAGAUGACCGCCUCCCUGGCGGAAGCCGCGCAGGUCGCAGGCUGGGGCGCCCAGGGCAUCAAGCCGGAGAAGGAGGGCCGGCCCCGACCGGAGGAGGAGACGGCGGCGGUGGCCGCGCCGGCGGCAGACGCGUCCGUGCUCGCCGUCGAUGCACCCGCCGUGGACGUGUCCGCGCCCGCCGUAGAUUUGUCGGUCGAGGGCGGCGGCGGCGCCGGCGGCGUGGACGCGCCCAAGGUGGAGGGGGGGUUGACGCUUCCGAGCGGAGAUGCGGACGUCGGGGGCGCGGCCUCGCCACCCACCGGUGCUUUGAGCAGCGCCAAGAGGAAGAGCGGAAAGUUCUUCGGUGGCCUGUUCGGCAGAAAGAACUCGAAAUUUGCCGAUGCCGAUGCCGACGUGGACGCCGCUGUCGAUGUCGAUGUCUCCGUGCCCGCUAUCGAGGGCGGCGUUUCGGCUGAAAUGCCUACCGUCGGCGGCGAGGGGAUCUUGCCACCUGCGGACGUGACCUUGGCUUCGGCGUCUGUCGAUGCACCCUCCGUCGAUGCACCUUCUGUCGAUGCGUCUGGAGCCGUGGAGGGACCCGACGCCACCGAUGUGAAGGUGGAGGGCGGGUCUUUGACCGGAAAGUUGACGGCGGGGGCUGCCUCCGUCGGCGCCGCCGCCCUCGGCGCGAUAGGCCUCUACGGCAGGAGCGGAAAGGCUGACGUCGAGGUUCCCAGCGUAGAUGCUUCGGUGGACGCUCCCGGUGUCUCGGUAGAGGCCCCGUCUAUCGACGCCUCCGUGGACGUACCCUCCGUCGCCGCCGACGCCUCUCUCCCCUCGGCAUCGGUAGACGUUCCCUCUGCAGAGGUAGACGCGUCGAUGCCGUCCGCAUCCGUGGAAGUUCCGUCCGGAGGAGUGGACGCUUCCCUGCCGUCGGCGGGUGACCUCUCGGCUGACGUGGGCGCGAAGGCCCCUAACGUGCCGUCGGUCGACGUGCAGAAGCCCAAGAAGGGUCUGUUCGGCAGCAUUUUCGGCUCGAGCAAGACGAACAUCGAGGUGCCGGAUGCCGAUGUCUCCGCAGACGCGUCGCUGCCCGGUGUGAGCGGCUCCCUGCCCGGGGUCCCCGGCGAGGUGUCUGCGCCCGACGUGUCUGGCUCCCUGUCGGCGCCGUCUGGUUCCAUAGAUUUGCCUACGGCGGAGGUGGGCGGAGACAUGCCUUCCACGUCCGUGGACGUGGACAUGCCGUCUGCGUCGGUGGACGCGCCGGACGUGAAGGUGGAGGGCGGCGACGCCUCCUUGACGGCGGGGCUCGCCGCCAGCGGCGCGGCGGCGUUGGCGGGCGUCGGCGCCGCGGUCGGCCUGUCGGGCGACAAGCCGGAUGUUGAGGUUCCUAGCGCGGAACUGCCCUCGGGAGAGGUAGACGCCUCGCUUGACGUGAAGAAGCCCAAGAAGGGUCUGUUGGGCGCAGUCGGCGGUCUGUUCAAGACCAGCAAGGCGAAGAUUGAGGUGCCGGAUGCCGAUGUUGACGUCUCUGCGCCAAGCCUCGACGUCAACGUCCCCAGCGGAGGAGCCAAACUCCCUGGAGUGGACGACGUCUCCGCUGACCUUCCCGCCGUUGAAGGUGGCCUCAAGGCUCCUGACAUGCCGAACGUGAGCGGCGACGUGUCCGUGCCGGAUGUGUCUGCCGAUGUGUCCGUGCCGGACGUUUCUGGCUCUCUGAACGUGCCUGAUGUGAGCGGAGACGUGUCCGUGCCUUCGGUGAGUAUGGACGUGCCGCUUGGCUCCGCGGAGGCGCCUUCCGUGGACCUGGCAGGCAAGAUGCCCUCCGUGCAAGGAGGCGUCGCUGGCAAGCUUCCUUCCGGCGAUGUGAGCGUGACGGCGCCGGACGCGAAGGUGGAGGGCGGCGACACGUCGCUGACGGCUGGCCUGGCGGCCGGUGGCGUGGCGGCUGUGGGUGCGAUCGGCGCGGCGGUUGACCUGUCGGGCGACAAGCCGGACGCUGAGGUCCCGGACGCCGAUGUUUCUGUGCCUGAGGUCAGCGCCGACGUUUCUGUGCCGGAUGUUUCCGCCGAUGUCUCCGUCCCGGACGUUUCUGGGUCUGUGGAUGUGCCCGACAUGAGCGGGGACGUGUCUGUGCCUGGCGUGUCCGGCUCUGUAGACGUGCCGGACGUUGCUGGCUCUCUGAAGGUGCCCGACGUGAGCGGAGAUGUGUCGGUGCCGGAUGUGUCUGCCGAUGUGUCCGUGCCGGACGUUUCUGGCUCCCUGAAGGUGCCUGAUGUGAGCGGAGACGUGUCUAUGCCUGACGUGUCUGGCUCUGUGGACGUGCCUUCGGUAGACAUGGACGCGCCGUCCGGCUCCGUGGAGGUCCCGGAUGCCGACGUGUCCGUGCCAGAUGUUUCUGCCGACGUGUCCGCGCCCGACGUGCGCGUCGCGGUGCCGGAUGUGAGCGGGGACGUGUCCGUGCCCGGCAUCAGUGGAGACGUUUCUGUGCCGGACGUUAGCGGCGAUGUGUCCGUGCCGGACGUGUCUGGCUCACUGAAAGUGCCCGACGUGACUGGCGAUGUGUCCGUGCCGGACGUGUCUGGCUCACUGAAGGUGCCCGACGUGACUGGCGAUGUGUCCGUGCCGGACNGCGCCGACGUGUCAAUGCCGGACGCGUCUGGCUCUGUGGACGUGCCUUCGGUGGACAUGGACGCGCCGUCCGGGUCGGUGGGGGUGCCUUCCGUGGACCUGGCAGGCAAGAUGCCCUCUGUGGAAGGAGGCGUCGGUGGUGAGCUUCCGUCCGGAGACGUGAGCGUGACGGCGCCGGACGUGAAGGUGGAGGGCGGUGACACGUCGCUGACGGCUGGCGUGGCGGCCGGUGGCGUGGCGGCUGUGGGUGCGAUCGGCGCGGCGGUUGGUCUGUCGGGCGACAAGCCUGACGCGGAGGUGGACGCGUCCAUGCCCUCAGUUGGCGAUGUCUUGGGGGACGUUGGUGUGAAGGGAGACAAUGUCGACGCGAAGUCAUCUUCCUUGGAGCCCUUUAAGCUCAAGAAGGGUCUGUUCGGGCUCUCCUUCAAGAAGCUCUCCGGCAAGAAGCUCAAGGUCCCGGAUGGUGAUGUCGCUGUGCCUGAUGUCUCUGGAGAUGUGUCAUUGCCGGAGGCCUCCGUGGACGUUUCCGUGCCGGACGUUGACGCCAAGCUGCCCGAGGUUUCCGGUGGACUGUCGACGCCCGACGUCGGUGUGCCCUCGAUCGGCGGAGACGCCUCUGCCGCGGCGCCGUCGAUCGACGCCAAGAUUCCGUCGGUCGAUUUGUCGGGCGUCGAGGUACCUGAAUUGCCUCGCCCUAGCGGGGAAACUUCCGGCUCUGCGCCGGAGUUGCCGUCUGUUGACACGAGUUUGCCGUCGGUUGCGGUUGACAUGCCGUCUGCCGGUGCAAUGCCAACGAUCGACGUCGAUGCCCCUGCGGUCGAUGUUGACGCCCCAUCGCUGGGUGUAGAAGUACCGUCGGUUGACGUCGGUACUCCCUCGGUGGGUGUAGACCUGCCGUCGGACUCGUUGGAUGCGGCAAUGCCGUCGGUCGAUAUCGACCCUCCGUCUGUCGAUGCUGGCGCCUCGUCAGUGGGUGUGGAAGUACCGUCCGUUGACGUCAAUGCUCCUUCGCUGGGUGUAGACCUGCCGUCGGGCACGAUUGGUGCGGCAGUGCCGUCGGUCGAGAUGGACGUUCCUUCUGUCGAGGCUAGCGCCCCGUCCGUGGGUGUGGAAGUACCGUCCGUUGACGUCGAUACUCCUUCGCUGGGUGUAGACCUGCCCUCGGGCAUGAUGGACGCCGCGGUGCCGUCGGUCGACGUCGAAGCUAGCGCUCCGUCGCUGGGUGUAGAGGUGCCGUCUGUCGCGGCUUACUUGUCGGGUGGCGUGGACGUGCCUUCGGUGGACAUCGACGCGCCGUCCGGCUCCGUGGAGGUGCCUUCCGUGGACCUGGCAGGCAAGAUGCCCUCCGUGGAAGGAGGCGUCGGUGGCGAGCUUCCCUCCGGCGAUGUGAGCGUGACGGCGCCGGACGUGAAGGUGGAGGGCGGCGACACGUCGCUGACGGCUGGCCUGGCGGCCAGUGGCGUGGCGGCUGUGGGUGCGGUCGGCGCGGCGGUUGACCUGUCGGGCGACAAGCCGGAUGCCAAGCUUCCCUCCGGAGACGUGGACGCCAGUGUUUCCGUCCCUGAUGUGCCUUCGUUGGACGUGAAGAAGCCCAGGAAGGGUCUGUUCGGCGGCCUGUCGUUCAAGAAGCCUUCACUUAAGGGGAAGGCCAUGGUCCCGGAUGUUGAUGUCGCUGCCCCGAAUGUCACUGUGGAUGCGCCUGCGGUCGACGUGAGCGGAUCCCUGCCGGAUGUGUCUGGCGAGGUGUCUGUGCCCGAUGUGAGCGUCACGGCGCCGGACGUGUCUGGUGCUCUUCCUGACGUCUCUGCGUCGCUUUCUGAAGCGUCUGUCGAUGCAUCCGUCCCCGAUGUCUCCGGAGCACUGCCGGAUGUGUCGGGCGACGUGUCUGUGCCUGACGUCUCUGGAUCACUUCCGGGGGUGUCUGGCGACGUGUCUGUUCCUGAUGUCUCUGGAUCACUUCCGGAAGUUUCUGGUGACGUGUCUGUGCCCGGUGUCUCCGGCUCGCUCCCCGAUGUGGGCGUUGACGUUCCCUCUGACAGCGGUGACGCCUCUGUGGAGGUUCCUGGUGUCUCGGUAGAGGCCCCGUCUAUCGACGCCUCCGUUGACGUACCCUCCGUCACCGCCGACGCCUCUCUCCCCUCGGCAUCGGUAGACGUUCCCACUGCAGCGGUGGACGCGUCGAUGCCGUCCGUGAGCGACCUGUCUGCUGACGUGGGGUCUAAGGUUGGCGAUUUGAACGCGGACCUGGGUGCCAAAAUGGACAACAUCUCGGCCAAUACCCCGGAAGUGCCAUCGGUGGAGGUGAAGAAGCCGAAGAAGGGUCUGUUCGGCGGUCUGUUCGGCUCCAGCAAGGCCAAGAUCGAGGUCCCGGACGCGGACGUCUCUGUGCCUGAUGUGGCUGCAGACGUAUCGGUGCCGGAUGUUUCCGCCGAUGUCUCCGUCCUGGAUGUUAGCGGAGACGUGUCCGGGCCGGAUGUGCCUGCCGCUGUGUCCGGGCCGGACUUGUCUGCCGAUGUCUCCGUGCCAGAUGUCUCUGGCUCCCUCAAGGUGCCUGAUGUGAGCGGAGACGUGUCCGUACCGGACGUGUCCGUGCCGGACGUGUCUGGCUCUGUGGAUGCGCCGUCUGGCUCCGUGGAGGUGCCUUCCGUGGACCUAGCGGGCAAGAUGCCCGGGAUGCCCUCUGGUGGCGUGAGCGUGACGGCGCCAGACGUGAAGGUGGAGGGUGGUGACUCGUCGCUGACGGCUGGCCUGGCGGCCGGUGGUAUGGCGGCUGUGGGUGCGAUCGGCGCGGCGGUUGGUCUGUCGGGCGACAAGCCGGACGCUGAGCUUCCCUCCGGAGAUGUGGACGCCAGUGUUACCGUCCCUGACGUGCCAUCGGUGGACGUGAAGAAGCCCAAGAAGGGGCUUUUCGGUGGUCUGUUCGGCUCCAGCAAGGCUAAGAUGGAGGUCCCGGACGCGGACGUCGCUAUGCCCGACGUGGCUGCAGACGUGUCCGUGCCGGAUGUCUCCGCCGAUGUCUCUGUGCCGGACGUCAGCGGCGAUUUGUCCGCACCGGACGUUUCUGGCUCUCUUAAGGUGCCCGACGUGAGUGGAGACGUGUCCGUGCCGGACGUGUCUGGCUCACUGAAGGUGCCCGACGUGAGAGCCGACCUGUCCGUGCCGGACGUUUCUGGCUCCCUGAAGGUGCCUGAUGUGAGCGGAGACGUGUCCCUGCCGGAGGUGUCUGGCUCUGUGGACGUGCCUUCGGUGGACAUGGACGCGCCGUCCGGCUCUGUGGAGGUACCUUCCGUGGAUCUGGCAGGCAAGAUGCCCUCUGUGGAAGGAGGCUUCGGUGGUGAGCUUCCUUCCGGCGACGUGAGCGUGACUACGCCGGACGUGAAGGUGGAGGGCGGCGACACGUCACUGACGGCUGGCCUGGCGGCCGGUGGCGUGGCGGCUGUGGGUGCGAUCGGCGCGGCGGUUGGUCUGUCGGGCGACAAGCCGGACGCUGAGCUUCCCUCCGGGGACGUGGACGCCAGUGUUUCCGUCCCUGAUGUGCCUUCGGUGGACGUGAAGAAGCCCAAGAAAGGGCUGUUCGGUGGUCUGUUCGGCUCCAAGGCCAAGAUCGAGGCAAGCUCUAGUUUGAAGCGUCGACGAGCACGCCGGGUUCCGGAUGCCGACGUCUCCGUGCCGGAUGCUUCUGCCGAUGUUUCUGUGCCGGACGUGACCGCUACAGUGCCGGAUGUGUCCACCGAUGUGUCCUUGCCGGACGUUUCUGGCUCGCUGAAGGUACCCGACGUGAGCGGAGAUGUUUCUGUGCCGGAAGUGGGCGGCUCUCUGCCAGACGUAUCUGUACCGGAAGUUUCCGCCGAUGUCUCCGUGCCGGAUCUUUCGGUCGAUCCCUCCGUCCCGGAUGUGAGCGGAGAUGUGUCGGUGCCGAAUGUGUCUGCCGAUGUGUCCGUGCCGGACGUUUCUGGCUCGCUGAAGGUUCCCGAUGUGAGCGGCGACGUGUCCGUGCCGGAUGUUUCUGAUUCUGUGGAUGUGCCCGACGUUAGCGGGGACGUGUCUCUGCCUGGAGUGAGCGGGAACGUGUCCGUGCCGGACGUUUCUGGCUCGCUGAAGGUUCCCGAUGUGAGCGGCGACGUGUCCGUGCCGGAUGUUUCUGAUUCUGUGGAUGUGCCCGACGUUAGCGGGGACGUGUCUCUGCCUGGAGUGAGCGGGAACGUGUCCGUGCCGGACGUUUCUGGCUCGCUGAAGGUUCCCGAUGUGAGCGGCGACGUGUCCGUGCCGGAUGUUUCUGAUUCUGUGGAUGUGCCCGACGUUAGCGGGGACGUGUCUCUGCCUGGAGUGAGCGGGAACGUGUCCGUGCCGGACGUUUCUGGCUCGCUGAAGGUUCCCGAUGUGAGCGGCGACGUGUCCGUGCCGGAUGUUUCUGAUUCUGUAGAUGUGCCCGACGUUAGCGGGGACGUGUCUCUGCCUGGAGUGAGCGGGGACGUGUCCGUGCCGGACGUUUCUGGCUCGCUGAAGGUGCCCGACGUGAGCGGCGAUGUGUCGGUGCCGGAUGUGUCCGCCGAUGUAUCCGCGCUGGACGUGUCUGGCUCUCUGAAGUUGCCCGACGUGAGCGGAGACGUGUCUCUGCCUGGCGUGUCUGGCUCUCUAGACGUGCCUUCGGUGGACAUGGACGCGCCGUCCGGCUCCGUGGAGGUGCCUUCCGUGGACCUGGCAGGCAAGAUGCCCGAGAUGCCCUCCGUGGAAGGAGGCGUCGGUGGUGAGCUUCCCUCGGGCGACGUGAGCGUGACGGCGCCGGAUGUGAAGUUCGAGGGCGGCGACACGUCGCUGACGGCUGGCCUGGCGGCCGGUGGCGUGGCGGCUGUGGGUGCGAUCGGCGCGGCGGUUGGUCUGUCGGGCGACAAGCCGGACGCUGAGCUUCCCUCUGGAGACGUGGACGCCAAUGUUUCCGUCCCUGAUGUGCCGUCGGUGGACGUCAAGAAGCCCAAGAGAGGUCUUUUCGGCGGCCUGUCGUUCAAGAAACCUUCGUUCAAGGGGAAGGCCAAGGUGCCGGAUGUUGACGUCGCAACACCGGAUGUCACUGUCGAUGCGCCGGUCCCCGAUGUCUCCGGAGCACUGCCGGGGGUGUCUGGCGACGUGUCUGUUCCUGAUGUCUCUGGAUCACUUCCAGAAGUUUCUGGUGACGUGUCUGUGCCCGGUGUGUCUGGCUCGCUCCCCGAUGUGGGCGUUGACGUUCCCUCCGACAGCGGUGACGCCUCUGUGGAGGUUCCUGGUGUCUCGGUAGAGGCCCCGUCUAUCGACGCCUCCGUUGACGUACCCUCCGUCACCGCCGACGCCUCUCUCCCCUCGGCAUCGGUAGACGCAUACGUUCCCUCUGCAGAAGUGGACGCGUCGAUGCCGUCCGUUGGUGGCCUGUCUGCUGAUGUCGGGGCUACGGUGGGCGACCUUUCGGCAGAUGUGGGAGGCAAGGUUGACGACUUGAAGGCAGACGUGGGUGCUAAGGUGAACGACAUCUCGGCCACGGCUCCUGGAGUGCCAUCGGUGGAGGUGAAGAAGCCGAAGAAGGGUCUGUUCGGCGGUCUGUCGUUCAAGAAGCCGUCGGGCAAGACCAGCAUCGAGGUUCCAGAUGUUGGUGUGUCCGUGCCGGACGUGUCUGCUGAGGCGUCUGUGCCGGACGUCAGCGGCGCUGUGCCUGAUGUCUCUCUGCCAGACGUUAGCGUGGCCGCGCCGGAUGUGAGCGCAGACGUGUCUGUGCCGGACGUUCCUGGCUCCCUGAAGGUGCCCGACGUGAACGCCGAUGUCUCCGUCCCGGACGUGAGCGGCGAUGUGUCCGUGCCGGGUGUGUCUGCCGAUGUCUCCGUGCCUGAUGUUUCUGGCUCUCUGAAGGUGCCCGAUGUGAGCGGAGACGUGUGUCUGCCGGACGUUUCUGGCUCCCUCAACGUUCCCGACGUAAGCGGUGAUGUGUCUGUGCCGGACGUGAGUGGAGACGUCUCCCUGCCGAAUGUGUCGGCCGAUGUGUCCCUGCCGGACGUUGCUGGCUCCCUGAAGGUGCCCGACGUGGACGCCGAUGUCUCCGUCCCGGACGUGAGCGGCGAUGUGUCCGUGCCGGGUGUGUCUGCCGAUGUCUCCGUGCCUGAUGUUUCUGGCUCUCUGAAGGUGCCCGAUGUGAGCGGAGACGUGUCCCUGCCGGACGUUUCUGGCUCCCUCAACGUUCCCGACGUAAGCGGUGAUGUGUCUGUGCCGGACGUGAGUGGAGACGUCUCCCUGCCGGAUGUGUCGGCCGAUGUGUCCCUGCCGGACGUUGCUGGCUCUCUGAAGGUGCCCGACGUUUCUGCGGAUGUCUCCGUGCCGGACGUGUCUGGCUCUGUGGAUGUGCCUUCGGUGGACAUCGACGCGCCGUCCGACUCCGUGGAGGUGCCUUCCGUGGACCUGGCAGGCAAGAUGCCCAAGAUGCCUUCCGUUGAAGGAGGCGUCGGCGGCGAGCUGCCCUCUGGCGACGUGAGCGUGACGGCGCCGGACGUGAAGGUGGAGGGCGGCGACACGUCGCUGACGGCUGGCGCGGCGGUUGGUCUGUCGGGCGACAAGCCGGAUGCUGAGGUCCCUGACGUUUAUGCUACUGUGCCCGAGGUCUCCGUGCCCGACGUGUCUGUGGACGCUCCAUCCGGAGAAGUGGAUGCUUCCUUGCUGUCUGUGGGUGACCUCUCGGCAGACGUGGGGGCUAAGAUGGCCGAUCUGAAGGCAGACCUGGAGGCUAAGGUUGACGACAUCGCUGCCAAGGCUCCGGAUGUGCCCGUGCCGGACUUUUCUGCCGAUAUGUCCGUCCCGGACGUGACCGUCUCAACGCCGAACGUUAGCGGCGAUGUCUCCGUGCCCGACGUUUCUGUGCCGGAUGUCUGUGCCGAUGUCUCCGUCCCGGAUGUGGGCGGAGACGUGUCCCUGCCGGAUGUGUCUGGCUCUGUGGACGUGCCUUCGGUGGACGUGAAGAAGCCGAAAAAGAGCAAGUUCGGGCUGAAGAAGCCUUCGUUCAUGAGUAAGGGCAAGACGUCGAGUCCGGAGAUUCCGGGGGUGGAUGCCUCUGUGGACGUACCCUCCGUCAACGCCGACGCCUCUCUCCCCUCGGCAUCGGUAGACGUUCCCUCUGCAGAGGUGGACGCGUCGUUGCCGUCCGUGGGUGACCUGCCUGCUGAUGUCGUGGCCAAGGUCGGUGACCUCUCGGCAGAUGUGGGAGGCAAGGUUGACUUGAAGGCAGACGUGGGUGCUAAGUUGGAGGACAUCUCGGCCAAUACCCCGGAAGUGCCAUCGGUGGAGGUGAAGAAGCCGAAGAAGGGUCUGUUCGGCGGUCUGUCGUUCAAGAAGCCGUCGGGCAAGACCAGCAUCGAGGUGGGGACUGCUCUGUGGCCAGCUGCGACGUACAGGUCGAUUCUGUUGGAUCGAGUCCGGGAUGGUUGGCUCGGCGUUUUGUCCUGCUGGUUGGUCUUACCGGUGCCGGAUGUGCCCGAUGUACCAUCCGUCGAAGGAGGUGUCAGCGGUGAGCUUCCCUCCGGCGACGUGAGCGUGACGGCGCCGGACGUGAAGGUGGAGGGCGGCGACACGUCGCUGACGACUGGCCUGGCGGCCGGCGGUGUUGCGGCUGUGGGUGCGAUCGGCGCGGGGGUUGGCCUGUCGGGCGACAAGCCUGACGCGGAGGUGCCUGGCGUGGAUGUGCCUUCGGCAGACGUCGACGCACCGUCUGUGGACGCGGAUGCGCCAUCCGUGUCAGUGUCUGAUUUCACGGCGUCGAUCCCCGACGUUUCCGGGGAAGUGAAGGCACCUGGCCUGAGCGUCUCGGCACCCGACGUGUCCGUGCCGGAUGUUUCUGCCGACGUUACAGUGCCGGACGCUACCGCCGCUCUGCCGGAUGUUUGCGGAGAUGUGUCUGUGCCGGGUGUCUCGGCCGAUGUCUCCGUGCCUGACGUGAACGUGUCUGCGCCUGACUUGAGCGGGGAUGUUCCCGUGCCGGACGUCAGCCUCUCUGUGCCGGACGCCAGCGCCGACGUGUCUGUGCCGGACAUUUCUGACGGUGUCUCCGUGCCGCACGUUUCUGGCUCUCUGAAGGUACCCGAUGUCAGCGGAGACGUGUCCGUGCCGGAUGUGACCGGAGACGUGUCUCUGCCUGGUGUGUCGGCCGAUGUGUCCGUGCCGGACGUUGCUGGCUCCCUGAAGGUGCCCGAUGUCAGCGGCGAUGUGUCUGUGCCGGACGUGAGUGGAGACUUGUCCGUGCCGGGUGUGUCUGCCGAUGUGUCCCUGCCGGACGUUUCUGGCUCUCUGAAAGUGCCGGACGGUUCUGCGGAUGUCUUCGUGCCGCACGUGUCUGGCUCUGUGGAGGGCGGCGACACGUCGCUGACGGCUGGCCUGGCGGCCGGUGGUGUGGCGGCUGAGGGUGCGGUCGGCGCGGCGGUUGGCCUGUCGGGCGACAAGCCCGAGGGCGAAGUGGCGGCCGAGCUUCCGGAGGGAGACGUCAAACCCUCCUCCCUGCCUAAGUUCGACGCUAACGUUGCCACGGGCUCCUUCGAAGCGACGUCUCCGGGCGGGACUAAGGGGAGCAAGCGUGGUAGCUUCUCGAGGAUCUUGAAGCCCUUCGGGUACAUGAAGAAGAGACUGAGCUCCUCCCCCAAGUCCUCUGAGUCUGGUUCCGGCUCUUUCCCCAAGGUAGACGCUGCCGGCCCCAUCGAUGUGGAGGUACCCUCCUCUACUGCCGAGGUGCCCGUGGCCGUGCCCGUGGAAGGCGCCUCCGAUGUUUCGGUUGACGUGGGCGAGACCGAGGGCAUCUUCGCCGCAACCUCUGCAGAAGCGCCGUCGGUUGUUGCUGCGCCGGGCGUAGAGGCGUCCGCCUCCGCACCGGCGCUGUCCGUCUCCGCCCCUGGCGACGACGCUGUCACCUCCUCGGGGCUCGACAGCUCCAGGCUCUCGGCCGCCUUUGGCGCAGCUCUCGGAGCCGUCGACGACGGCGGAGCCGUCAGCGAGGGAGACAUGGACGUUGGGAGCGGCAGCGCCGCUCUGCCCGUCUACGGGGAAAUCAAGGGAGGAGCGGCGACUGAUAUUCCCGGGGUUAACCCUGGGGCCGCCGGCGUAGCGGCCGACUCAGACGCACCGGGAAGCGCUUUGAGCUUCGAGAAGAAACUUGUGGCCGCUCUCGACGCGGCCGGCGUGCCCGUCGCCGAAGACGACAAGCCGCCGGCUGAGGCCGGGGUGGACACCGCCCCUAGCCCCGCUGAUGUGGCGAAGGCCCCCACCCCCGCCCCUGCCCCCGCCCCCGCCCCCCGCGUCAAGGAGCGCAAGAAGUCCGGAGGCGUGUUCGGGUAUCUGUUCGGAGGCGGCGGUGUGAAGCGCGAGGAGGAUGCCUACGAGUUGCCCGAAGAAGACGCUACGGACGCGCCUAACGAUGCCGCCACGGAGGCCGGCGACGGAACGGCUUCUAGCCUGAAGGCUUCGGCGGCGGCGUCAACCCCCGGGGGGGAGAGCUCGGGUACCUACAUGGAAGUAUCAGCUACGGCGCCCCCGCCGAUGGACGUUGGUGCGGGGGAACCGGCCGGCGGCGGCGGCGAAGGAAACGUGCUGACGUCUAUUCUUUUCGGCUCCGGCAAGGACGGAGAAGCUCCGUCAUCGACGGUCAAUCCUACCGACGCUGCGGCCGUUGAGGCGGCGGCCAGCGCGGAGGGGUCGCCUGAGAAGAAGGGCGGCGUGUUUGGCUUCAUCGAGAAGGUUGCGGAAGCUGUGGGCCUCGUUGCUUCGGACGACGAGGACGAAGGGGAGACCAAGCCCGCUGCUGAUGCCGCCGCCGCCGCCGCUGCGACGACCAGCCCUGCCGCUGCUGCGAAGUAAACGGAAAAGGAAGAAAACGUACACUUGCUGUUCGUGGCACUCGGGGUUGGGUGCGUGUGCAAAUUGUGUUAGUAUGGUUAGGCGGCGGGCUAGCUCUUGAGGCGCUUAUCGCGGUCGCGUGUUGAAAUGACAUUUAUUCUCUCUGGGGGGGCGAGCGCUAAGGCCACCGGCGGCGGGAGCGGUGGAAACCGCUCGGCCGGGGUGGUCGGACUGUCGUUGUUACGUGAUCGAGAUAGGCUUUGCGUGUGGUGCCGGGUGGUCGUGUAUUUCCGUCGGAGCUCCCAUCUCGGUGGUUUUGGACAGUCGACGGCGGCACGAACAAAGCACGGAACAAACUCUUGUUUUGUCGUGAAGCUCUUGCCACGAUGGGUGUGAGGUCCUUACAGGCGGGUAGGGACUUUACGACCCGUUUCCCUCUCAGCAUGCCGAUUUUCUGUUCGUCACAGGAGUGCGAGUACUGGGGGUGCACCGAACGCGACGUUGGUUUCUUUUUUUUCUUAUUUCAUAUCUUACUGUUUAUUGAUUUCUGUCAUUUCCACACUCUUUUGAAAACCGUUCUCGUAAAGGCGAUUGAAUUAUGCGUACAGGCGAAUGCAUCGAGUACCGUAUGCAUAGGAACCACCCAAACCUUUUGAUUCCAAGUCGUGGCUGGCGUAAUGUUCUCUUGUCACCGUUUUAGCUGCUGCAGGCGAGAGACUUUGGUCGGGAGACGGAAGGAACAAGAGAGAGACGAACAACGAAAAACGGAGUCGCAGGAACUGUACUAAAGACUGUGUUUUGUACGUUAGCGCCGCAUCGAUCGAUACGUUGUUGCAAAGUUAAAUUUUCAUAUAUAUCCUGGUCGGUCUUAACUCCCUCGUGGGCUGGCGAAUCGAUUCGACGUUUGUUGUCUUGUCCUCUUGGGGGUCUGGAACGAUCGCGAGUACAGUAGCUCGAUUUGUCAGCUUUAUUAUUAUUAUUUAUUUUUUUUCGCCACGUUUUUUCUCCACCUGUUUGCAUUGUAGUUUUGGGCGUGUUAGGCGUUGCUUGCUUCGUUAUUUCACUAUUCCUGUAAGACCUAAUGAUAAGUUCGUCGUUGUCGUGGUUCGAGGUGUGUUACCGGCGGUGGGCGGCGGGGGGGAAGGGGGAUUGAGGAUGGGAAUACGGAGACAUGAGGUGCAGGUGGUGUGGAGAGUCGUAGAGACCCACUCUUUUGGUGCGCCGCGCCGUUGCUUCAUGGUCUGUCGCUCACACUUGCUGCUUUGAUCAAAAGAAGUGUUGCGAGCCGAGAUUUUGAGCGGAGGGGGCGGGGAGCGUAGAGAAAUAUUAAGUAUGUUUUGAGAGGAGCGGACAGGAUGACGUCGGUUGAAGGGCGAGCUACUUGUGGGAAGGGCUUUACGAAAUAUGCCGUUCUGUGUUGGGUGCUGCGCGAUGGUGUAUGUUAAUCGGGGUGAUUCAAAAUUGUCUGCAUGCACGAAGGGUAUUAGAGCAAACCUGUCCCGGACGCUUAGCUGGUUCGCAGCAGUUGGUUGUCGCUUGUAAUGGAGGAGUUUGACCGUGAUUCCAUGCAAGCAUAUUGUCUGGCGUCGUAGAUGUGCGAUCGAUCCUGUUUUUUUUUUUUCCUCUGUCAUUCUCUGAUGUAGGCACGAUGGCACGAUGAAAGAAAUUGAAGUCGGUGUCGUUUGACGACACAUAGGAACAGAGAGAGAGGCAGAUGAAGCACCAACCGUGGGGGAGGAGGGGACGGUAUUGGGGUAUUAAAUGGUGGGCCAUUUUAAAGUUUUCUUUGCCCACUUUGAUGCUGCUGUUGCUGGCCGGACGCGGCUUGCACUCUAGCGGUAAUGGGGGUGUUUGGAGAGGGAGGGGUGACGGUAAAUGGUUACUGUAGAACCACGGGCUUUUGUGUGAAGUACGUAUGCUGGGCGAGGAGGGACGAGCGCGACGAGACUUGGAUCGUCCUCUUACAAAGGUGGCGUCUAUUGGGCGGGAUGGCUAUUAAACACGCACGGCAAAACGUGCCAUGAGGUUUGUAGCCACAGGGGAGGCGGGGGGGGGGCGUAGUGACAAAAACUUAAGGUGACUGCAGCCGCAAGGAGGGGACUAUAGUUGGCGAAGCGCGUCAAUCUGGUGGGUGGUGGGAGGAUAGGGGAAAUCAUGUGCUUUUCGUUCCCAACCCUCCGCAUGGCGCCAGCACACCAGGCUUGCAACUUGUCGGUGCGUUCCUUCUUUUUUUUGUUGAAUGUCUCCCUCUGGGCUUUUUGGAAGUGCAUGUUUCAGGGGGGCGUAGGUCCGUCCGUCACGCAGUCUCGACGUUAACGGAUGGCAGUCGGUCUGGGGUUGGUGGCGCAGACUCACGUGAACCCCCAUGUUUCGGGGUUGUCAAAGUUGUUUGCACUUCUUUUCUUUUCUGUAGUGCAUUUACACGUCGUCGUAACAACAAUGAAAAAGUAAACGACCAAUCAAAGAAAAUCAGGCCGAGAUCACGAGGAAUCGAGCUUCGU